AUAUAUCUUAUGACACCUUUAGUUAGUUCUUUGUGCCAAUUGCUCUCCACACAAUACAUUGAGAAAGCACAUCAUCUUGACUGUGACGUCUAUAGCUGAGUCUUUGAGCAUAGCCAUGACAGAGACAAAUAUUUUAAUGGAUGAAAAGGGUGUAUUAUUCAUCCCCUUGAAUGCCCUCACAGAAUUGUCUGUUGAUGAGCCACCACAAGAAUCUGAGCAGUCAAUUAAAACCGAUACAGGUUUACAAAGCACACCUGAAAAUAAAACAGACAAUGCAGCAACUUUGGUUGAAAAGGCACUUGCACGUCAUUCCAGUUCAAAUAAUCAAUCAGAUUCAAAAGCACACUCUAAAAAAAACAGCCAAGCUCAAGUGCAACCAGUAUCCAGAGUCAUUAAAGGUGAGGGAGCAACACUUACCCAGCAAGAAGGAGGAGGUGUAACACCUACCCAUCAAGAAGGAGGAGUUCCAGCAUCUACCCAUCAAGAAGGAGGAGGACCAGCAUCUACCCAUCAAGAUGGAGGAGGACCAGCAUCUACCCAACAGGAACAAGGAGGAGCAACACCUACCCAGCAAGAAGGAGGAGUUCCAGCAUCUACCCAUCAAGAAGGAGGUGGACCAGCAUCUACCCAUCAAGAUGGAGGAGGACCAGCACCUACCCAUCAAGAAGGAGGAGGGCUAGCACCUACCCAUCAAGAAGAAGGAGGACCAGCACCUACCCAUCAAGAUGGAGGAGGACCAGCACCUACCUAUCAAGAUGCAGGAGGACCAGCAUCUACCCAACAGGAACAAGGAGGAGCAACACCUACCCAUCAAAAUGGAGGAGGACCAGCACCUACCCACCAAGAAGGAGGAGGGCUAGCACCCCUCCAACAGGAACAAGGAGGAGCAACACCUACCCAGCAAGAAGGAGGAGGUCCAGCACUUACCCAUCAAGAAGGAGGAGGACCAGCACCUACCCAUCAAGAUGGAGGAGGACCAGCAUCUACCUAUCAAGAUGGAGGAGGACCAGCACCUACCCAUCAAGAAGGAGGAGGACUAGCACCUACCCAACAGAAACAAGGAGGAGCAACACAUACCCAGCAAGAAGGAGGAGGUCCAGCACUUACCCAUCAAGAAAGAGGAGGACUAGCACCUACCCAACAGGAACAAGGAGGAGCAACACCUACCCAGCAAGAAGGUGGAGGAGCAACACCUACCCAGCAGGAAGAGGAGAAGCAUAUGCCCAGCAAUUUGCUCACACUAUCCAAUCAGGGUAAAUCUGAAUAUGAAUACCACAAUUGUUCCCAAGAUGCUGCUGUUACUGAGCCAAAUGGUUCAGAUGAUUGCUUUAAAAAUGUCACAAAUGUAACAGAUGUCAAUGCAAGUAAUGAUAAUCCUCCUGGGGUGAGUUCAUCAGAAAGCAAGUCCACAGAUUAUUCAGAACACAUCGGCAACAAGCAAAGGGAUGAGACCACCAUGGUGACAGAAGAGACACGAAUACCAAAGUCACCCACUAUAUCCAACUCAGAGGAAAUGCACACUGAGAAGGAAAUGGCUUCCCUAACUCUCCUUGAAAAUACACAAGGUCAGUCUCAGCAAAUGUCCAAUGUCACUCAGGAUAAUGUGCUCAAAACACCAAACAGCUCUCAGAACAAGUCUGCAAUGAUCCUCCAAAAGACAACAAGUACAGACAAUCUCCGAGCAGAAAGUUUGGUUGAACAUAGCACAGUGGGUGAACCUGAAUUCAAUUCAGAGCAUUCUAACAGGAUGGAUCAGUUGUACCCUCUGAGAAAGAUGAAAAAGGAUGAAGACAAUGAAGAACACACAGCUGAAAGAUCCAUUCAAAAGUCCAAAGAAACAGUCACUGCAACAUCUGAGAGAAAGAGGGAUGAGACUACGGUAGAGAAUAGUGCACACCAUCAACUGCCUCCAAUGGAAAGCAGCAAAGAGAACAAACCACCAGGAGAACAUAAGGAUGUCCCUUUACAGUCUACGCAAAUGAAAAGGGACGCUGCACAACUCUACUCUGAAGAGUCACUUGUUAACGAGGAUGCUCAUCCCAAACAGCUGAAUACAGAACAUGGAAUUCCUGAGGAUAUAAGAACUCCACCAACAAGCACUAUGUACAUCAAAUCUCAGCCACAGUCACCUGAAAAGAAGAUGUCUGUCACAAGACAACUUACCGAGACACACAUUGAAAAGACAUUGAGAAAUGCCAAUAAAGAUGUAGUAAACCCCAAUACGGCAGUUGUAAGUAAAGAGCCACAAAACCACAGCAAUGCAGAGGUUUCCACUAAAACUCAACCUUACCAGGGCAUAAACACCUCAGCAGUGAAUGAUCCACAGAAAACAUUUCCCAGAGACGCUCCACUAGAAAAGGGGCAAAAUACCCAACCAAUGGAGCCGCCAACCUAUUCAGAGCGUCCAGAGUUUCAAGAGCAUUUGUACACGGAAGCUGACGACAUACAACUGCUGGAGGAUUCCAACGUGAGGCACCAGGUGGGCCGUCUCGACCAUGUCUCUUUGAAUAUUGCCGUGACGGGCAUGACAGGUGCAGGAAAGUCGACCUUCAUCAAUGCGAUCAGGGGGAUUGAUAAUGAUGACAAGGAUGCGGCCCCAACCGGGGUGACUGAGACUUCCAUGGUUGUGUGUCCAUACGCUCAUCCCUCAAUGCCUAAUGUAAACCUAUGGGACCUGCCAGGAACAGGGAGUCCCAAGUUCAAGGCAAAGAAAUAUCUGAAAGAUGUCAAAUUUGAAAUGUAUGACUUUUUCAUCAUCAUUUCCUCUGAGAGGUUCAAAGAGAACGAUAUGAUGCUUGCCAGAGAGAUACUGACUAAAAAAAAGAAGUUCUAUUUCCUGCGCUCAAAAAUAGACAACGAGGUUCGUGCUGAACAAUACAAGAAGAACUUUGAUGAAGAGAAAUUGCUUGACCAAAUCAGACAAGACUGUAUAAACCAUUUGAAGAAAAUCGUUCAACCCAUAGUGUUCUUGAUAUCCUCCUUAGAUUUAAACAAAUAUGAUUUCCCAUUGCUGGUGGAAACUCUGUCAAGGGAUCUUCCUGAAUACAAGAAAAAAGCUCUGAUAUUGUUCUUGCCAAUCUAUUCCACUGAGGCGCUGGAGAGCAAAAUCAAAGUGUUCGAGGGCACGGCCCUCUCUGCCGCCAAGGCAGCAGCCACCAUCUCCAUCGCACCAAUUCCCGGCCUGGCAAUGGCCUGCGACGCUGGGAUCCUGCUCGCCUUCUUCAUCAAGUGCUACUACGCUUUCGGCUUGGACGACAAGUCCCUGGACAAGCUCUCUGAGAGAGUGAACAACCACUCUCUGAAGAAAGUGCGGGAGUCCCGACCUUUGGUCAUGGCCGUGCGGAAGAAGGAGCUAAGCAACAGGGAGCUCUCUGCACUGAGCAGUAGACGGGCAGCCCUCGAGUUCGCCUACAGCCUGGUGCCCGUCUGGGGAAGCAGGAGGGCGGCCAGCAUGUCCCGCUCCGCCACCCUGGGCCUUCUGACCGAUGGGCUGAAGGAGCUGGCAGACACUGCCAGAGAGGUGCUGAAGACAGCCAGAAUUGAUCACAUCUAAUCAGAAAGCUGAAAAUGGAGGGUGGAAAUACUAGCUAUUAGCUAUAAUGAUACCUCAGAAAGUUAUUUUGGGCAUCUUCAAAUAUGGUUUGUGUUAAUGUGUUUUUAUAGAGACAGCUUCAUACAGUUACUGUUGUUUCAAUGUUAUUCUGUUAUGUUAGGUCAGUGGUCCCCAAACUACGGCCCGCCACCUCAUUUUGGGUGGCCCCCCAAAACAUGUCUAUGGUAUAUAGCAU